AUGUCCUUUUCUGAUCUAAGUUGUUAUGAAAGGCUGACUGACAUUAACUGCAAGGAGGUAUCCAAGGCGAACGGCGCCAUUCAGCAGCUGCGGGGUCAGAGCUAUCUCCUACCGCCACCCUCCGGACGAGCCGUUUCGGGAGGCCAGCAGGAGAACCCCGGGAGCGGGGUUCUCGGUCGGCGGGGAACGAUCCACUCCGCGCUCCUUACGCCCCCGGCCCCGCCCCUCCGCGGCUGCGGAGUUCAGCUCUCGGUUGAAGCCCGGGGAAAGAAAACCGCGAGGCAAAAGUCAACGCGCAGGCCCCAGCGAGGAUCGAACUCGCGACCCCUGGUUUACAAGACCAGUGCUCUAACCACUGAGCUAUGGAGCCACCUACGAAGAUUUUCCGCUACCGACAGCUCCUCUUCCCCUUCGGGCCGCCUUCCCUCUCGCCGCCUCUGCUUCAGCGAGCGGGGGGAUCGCGACCGCCGCUCCCUCCCCUGGACGCGGGGCUCAGCGGCCCUCUUGCCGCUCUGUAUAAGCGUGAGGCAGCGGGAAGCUCCCGGCGAGCGCCGUCGGGCACCGCGCGGCAGCCACAGGUUUGCCUGCUGCCCGCUGGGCCUCGGGCUGUUUUUCCGGCCUCGGAGAUGGGACCCUCUUUGUCUGGCUGUGGGACCUGCUGAGGAGAGCCCCCGUCUGUCGGAUCUCUGGGCACCCCUGAGAGUUCUCGGGAAGACUCCUCUGCUCAUUCAGAUCACCUCAGGGACAGACAAGGACCAGCAGCAGCGGACCAGGAGGCCUGAUUCUAAGAUGAAGUACAGUGUUCCUCAAAGUACAGAAAAGGACUUGCCCACGCCUGGCUUUUGCCUUGAAGACAGAGAUAUUCCAUGA